AGGAGACCUAGGCCAGGGUGACGUCCUUCCAGUGACAUCCUCAAGAUGGACUCCACAAAGAAAGAAACUCAAUGGGGAGGCCCACCAAAGUGGGCAACGAGCACGGGCAGAUGCUUAUGUCCAUCCUCACCGACUCGGAGGGUAAGGGGCUCUUGCCCAUGGUGGCUGGCCAGAUGCGGAUGUACAGGAAGUCGAGAGUGGACGCUCCUUGCAUGCUCUACGUCGACCGAGACUGCUGCGUCACCAAUGGAAUGUGCAAGUGCCAGGACGUGUGGCACCUCAUGCGACGCUUCGCAAGGUGUGUUGCCACUGACAGCCACCACCUGUCCGGGCUCUUCAUGGCACGGCUGAGCUUUGCCAUCUUUGAGUUGGACUGGACUGACGUGGACCACCUGCAGGAGGACGGAGGAGGGGAGGGACACACCUGUGAAGAACCCAGGAGCUGGCACGUCACUGCCGUCACCGCACCAGGGGAGCCGAGGAGACUGUGCGUCUCAUCAAGGAGCUGCUGGACUCCUUCUGGGUCACAUAGUCCGUUUUGCCAAGGCCCUGAUGGAGCUGAGCCACAAGAGCUACGUGACGCAGUGGCAGGUGCUGGAGAUGUCGGACAGAGACAAGGCGGCUAUUUCCUUCCCACCUCGCCACCAGGACCACUUAGUGAAGGGUUGCUAUAAGGCCAGUCCUUCCAAGCAUGUCAAUGUAACAGGCGUGGACAGCUUCAAAAGGUCCUUCCUCGGAAAGGGUGCUGGAGCAGCACAGUCUCCGAAGGCGAGCAGAUUGUGGAGGCUGUCUUCUUGGAGCUGUGCCGCAUCCAUUACAAGGGACGCACAAUCGCCG